UAUUAAAUUUUGAUCAACAUCCUUUGACAGGUUCUCCCAAAGUUGAAAGUAGGAUUUCAUCGUUUUAUCAUGUUUUUUGUGUUAGAGUGAAUUAGUGCUCAAUGGGAAGUUCAUCUUCAAGAAAUGCUGAGGCUUCUCAGAGGCGCUAUCUCAUAGGGACAUUGACCAAAAAGUCUUGCGUGGAACAGAAAUUCUUUGGACUUUCUCAGUUAAUUGAUCUAAAAUGUACUUCUCAAAGUAAAGGGUCGACAGGGAAGGGCAAUAAUUAUGAUCACAAUGGUGUUAAAGCCCAAGACAGAGACCACAUGGACUUGUGCAAUACCAAUGGAGCAACUCUAUAUAAACCUAUGCCUUUGAAUAAACCUUUGUAUGCAUCAGAAACAUUUGUGAACUGGAAAUCGCAUUAUGAUAUUGAAAGAAUGCAGAUGAAACUAAUGCAAAGAAAAACUGCCGUCUAUUUAGUACCAAUUGGAAGUUUCCCAUCUUUUGUCAUGGACUUUAAACUGAAUAUGAGUGGUAAAGUCUGCUCUCUGUUUGAAAUUCUAGGAACUUUUUUGGGAAUAUUUUAUCAAGAAAUGGCUGUCAGUUGGUUAGAUUCUGUUGAUCCAGAGAAAGAAAACUGGAAUAUAACUACAAGAAAUCACAAAGUUACAGGAAAGAGACAGUAUCUUGUGUCUGAUUUCUAUCCUCAACUCAAAAAAUGGAAGCCCAAAAACACUUAUGGUAUCUUGGGAUUAACAUGGACUGACCUAUAUCCAACUGAGAGUUUAAAUUUUGUUCUGGGAGAGGCGUCUAAACGACACAGGUCAGGAGUGAUAAGUUUUGGACGAUUUGAACCAAAGACAUUUGAUCCAGAAAAAAGCAGAGAUAUAGAAGACAUCGAUCCUAUUAUUAUGUGGAAAUUAUUAAAGGUCUCCAGUCAUGAACUAGGACAUUUGUUUGGCCUCUCUCAUUGCGACUUCUUCCUGUGUGGGAUGAAUGGCAGCUCAUCAGUGGAGGAGGCCAUGUUACAACCUCUCUUCUUCUGUCCAGUCUGCAUCAGAAAACUCCAGUAUGCCUGUAAAUUUGACAUUGUAAAGCGAUACACCGAAUUAAGACAAUUUUUCACUGAAUUAAAUGGCGCUAUGCCAUUUGAUAGACUUCAGCAAUGUGUUGAGUGGUUGGACAAUUGUUUAGAUUUUUUAUUAAAUGAUAAAUAAAAAAAAUGAAAUUUAAUUGAAAAAGAUAAAUCUGUAUUGCUGGUUUAAUUUAUUAAAAUAAUAAGAUUAUAUGUAUAUUUGAGGAAACAAAAAAACCAUAUUCAAAAAUAAAUAAUUUCAAAUUUCACAAAAGGAACUUUUGUUUGUUAUUAAAACUGCUUUGUAUAACGUUGAGAAAUAUUAAUAUACAUGUAUGAGUUCAAAAAUAUCUGUUCACAGUAAGAACUUAAUAGAUUAGUAUUGCCUCGCAAUUUUAGACCAGACAGAUAUUAUACAUGUUAUACCAGACAAAUAAAGCGUAAAAAUAUUUUGAACCUUUGCUUUUCUUGUAAAAUAGAAAAGUAACUUUAAGUCUUGCUUACAAUAUAAUGCAGGCACGUGGCACCGGUGACCCCCCC